AUGGCCAAGAACUCGCCGGGCCUGUCGUCUUCCUGGUGGGCUCAUCCAACGGCGACGCCGCCGAGGGCGUCCACUCCUGCGCGGCCGGCGCCGGCGCCGACCUCGUCCACGCCGACGUCGACGUCGACGUCGACGACCGCUGCCCCGCGGGCACUGGCCUUUGCGCGUUCCCAGGCGCUACACAGAUUCGAGCAAGCAUGCGGACGGCUUCGUUGGAAGUUCAUCGACCUCGAGAACUCGUACAAGCGAGCCAACGAUCCCGGGCAGUGGGAGUUUGGCACCGUCGACGCGGAACGCAACUUCAAAGUCGACUUCCACGAAUUUUACGUUUGGAUCGAGCAAGCCAUCGUGCUUUUGUUCAAGGUCUUCGGCACGACGGUCGAGCGGGACAGUAUCAACGCUGCGACGGACCAGAACAUGCGUAUCGGCGGCAAGUCGGCCGCCGCGCACGCGUACCACCACAACGUCCUCAAGACGCUCGACGACGAGACGCACCCGCUACACGCCACUCUCGGCCGUGGCGACGUAAACCAGGCGCUCUGGAAGGCUAAAGAGCUCCGUAACCGAUGGAAGGAUGCGGCAGAGGGCCGCGAGACUCCGCCGCUCAAGAUGUACCAUCUCAGCUGGAUCGUGACGGAAGUGAUGAAGGGGCUCGAGGAUGCGUACCAGGUGGCCUCGGCGAGGGUUAGUGAGGAACUUGCCGCGGCCGAGGUCGGCGUCACUGACCAGCAGCGGCGAGUAGCAGAACUAGACGAGUGGGAGUGGAUGGUUGAGCCGAUGGACUGGGAGGCGUGA